GUUUCGUAACCCUGAUGUAGAAAGGUCUACAGAAAAAUCUACGCAGACUCACUCGACCACAAGGAACCACAGUAGCUGCAUCUACAUGUAGGCCCUAUAACAAUUACGAUGGAGAACGGUUAGACAGCAGCAGCCGUCUGUGAGAAGGGAUACAAAACACAGAUGAUUGUCGGCACUUUGUUCAGAGAAUUUUGGACUUUCAGGAAAUCUCUGGAACCCCGACCAAACUGGAUUUAUCAACCCAAGAGUAAACGGAGAGGGAUUCCUCGCCGGGGGUAGCUUGUGGCUACCUCUUGGAGAAUACCGGAUUACUCUACACAAUGCAUGGCUACAACUACGUUCUACGGGUUUCAAUAUUAGGCUUUCUACUGGUCGAAGUCGGCUGUGGUAAACACUACACGGACACAUGGGCGGUCCACAUGGAGGGUGGGGAAAAGACCGCGCGGCUGGUGGCACAAAAAUAUGGAUUUAUUUAUCGAGGGCAGAUAAUGCCUGACUAUUACCAUUUUCAACACAGGAAAGUAGCCAAACGGUCAAUACAGCCGAGUACUUAUCAUCACACACUGGCUUCAGAUCCACAGGUUAGGUGGUUGGAGCAGCAAGUCGCUAAAAAACGGGUGAAAAGGCAUUCUAAUUUUAAUGACCCAAAAUGGCCAAUGAUGUGGUAUUUGAAUCGUGGAAAGGGCUUAGAUAUGAACGUUGAGAAGGCCUGGGCAGCAGGAUACACAGGAAAAGGUGUUACUGUCACCAUACUCGAUGAUGGAAUAGAAAAAGACCAUCCAGAUCUACAAAAAAACUAUGAUGAACAAGCCAGCUAUGAUGUCAAUGGUCAUGACCCAGAUCCGCAACCACGUUAUGAUUAUUCCAAUGAAAACCGUCACGGGACGCGGUGCGCUGGAGAGGUGGCUGCCCAGGCUGAUAACUCUGUGUGCAGUGUCGGAGUCGCGUACGAGGCUCGAAUUGGAGGUGUUCGGAUGUUGGAUGGUGAUGUGACUGACUCGGUGGAGGCCCAGUCGCUGAGUUUGAAUCCUCAACACAUUCACAUCUACAGCGCCAGCUGGGGGCCCGAUGAUGAUGGACGCACAGUUGAUGGACCAGCAACACUGGCCAGGAAAGCCUUCUACGACGGAAUCACCAAGGGUCGUGGCGGUCUUGGUUCCAUCUUUGUGUGGGCGUCUGGCAAUGGUGGUCGUGACGGCGACAACUGCAACUGUGACGGCUACACCAACAGCAUCUACACGCUGUCGAUCAGCAGCGCCACGGAGAACGGCAAUAUCCCGUGGUACUCCGAGCGGUGUGCAUCCACGCUUGCCACCACCUACAGCAGUGGCUCCGGCGGCGAGAAACAGAUAGUUACCACUGACUUGCGGCGUCAGUGCACAGAAACACAUACGGGUACUUCGGCCAGUGCACCACUGGCUGCUGGUCUUAUUGCACUGGCACUACACGCCAAUCCUCACUUGACUUGGAGAGAUAUGCAGCAUCUGGUUGUGGAGACGGCCAAACCCAACAACCUCCUGUCAGAUGACUGGGUCAUCAACGGGGUCAACAAGAAAGUAAGCCAUGCAUUUGGGUUUGGUUUGAUGGAUGCUGCAGCGAUGGUGCACUGGGCCCAAAACUGGACCACUGUUCCGGCUCAACACAUUUGUGAAAUACGCUCACGUGCACAUAAUAGGAGGAUCCCUAUGAAUGGGAAGAUCACGGUUCCUCUGUAUACCGACGGGUGUGUAGGGAGCGGGAACCGCGUCAAGUAUCUGGAGCACGUGCAGGCGCGAAUCACCAUGACGGCCAGCCGGCGCGGAGAGAUCCAGAUAUUCCUCACUUCGCCCUGGGGCACGCGGUCUCGCCUGCUGGAGAAGCGCGUCCGCGACACCUCGCGCGAGGGCUUCAACAACUGGGCCUUCAUGACCACACACAACUGGGGCGAGUUCGCUAAUGGCACGUGGAUUUUAGAAAUAGAAAACGGAGCAAGCUCAUCGGAACUGAAGGAGUGGACACUGGUUGUGAUGGGCACGGCAGCUCACCCGCUGAAGCAGAACAUGACCCCGCCGUCGAACAACGGGCCCGCCUUCACGUGCGCCGGAGUCACGUCCAACGGCAUCUGUAUAGAAUGUAAACCAGGAUUUUUCAAGAUGGCCGACAAGUGUGUGGGCCGCUGUCCAGAGCAUUACUACGGGGUGGUUGAAGCGGUGCACCUGGCAUCCCCGACCCAGCGCAACUCGUCGAAGCAUCUGCUCCACACUCAGGGAGUGUGUCGCCAGUGCCACGUAUCGUGCCUCACGUGCAAGGGCCCGCUUGCCGAAGACUGCUUCCAGUGUAACAGUGGGUACGAGCAGAAGACCGACGCCACUGGCUUCUGCACGAAGAAGAUGAUCUGGGACUUCCUCGACCCCGAGGUCAUCAAACACUUGGCGUGGGCCAUCAUUCUGUGCAUCGGUGGCAUCCUGCUCUUCACCGUCGUCUUCGGUGUUAUGCAAGCUCGCGAACAGAGCAAACUGUGCUGGAAGGUGAAGAACAUCUACCACCCAGACUUGUCGAAGGGUCGGUACAAUGGGGUGGUGCCCGACGUUCAGGGGGAGUACGCGGACACCGAGUCAGAGGACUCGAACACGCAGAACACAAACUUGAAUAACCAGCCGCAAGCUUGACACAGCCAAUGGGCUUAUCUUUAGAAAUAAAUUUAUUCGACCCAAGACACAAACUUGAAUAACCAGCAAUAAGCUUUUCGACCCAAGACACAAACUUGAAUAACCAGCCAUAAGCUUGACACAGCCAAUGGGAUUAUCUUUAAAAAUAAACGUCUUUGCUGUAACCAACCAAUCAUAAAAAAAGAUUGAUUUUUUUUUGAUUAACUAACUAAUGGCUUGACAAAGCCAGGAAGCUAAUUCUUAAAAAAUAAAUUCAAUUGAUUAACUGCUAAUUAAAAAUAUUUCUUCUUUUUUUCAGUGUAAUAUAUAAAAUAAUUCUUAGACCAAUACUUUUGUGAUGUACUCCAACAAUUCUUUCUCUUUGGUUUCUGUUUUUAUAAUAUAAAAAGUAAUAACUAUAAAAUUAAGUCCAUGCAUGUACCAACUGAAGCACUACAAACAUGAUGGAUUAGGUUGCAGCCAACCCAGUUAUUUUUCCGGAUGGUCCACUAGAGACACUAAUACUGUUUGUAUGCAUGCAUUAUCUGUAUGAUAAACACAAGCAGGGCCCAAUUUCACAAAACAUCGUAAGCCUAGUUUUGCACGUAAACGUAAAUCUAUGACAAAACCACAGUUCUUAUUACUAUUAACAAUAAAUCAAAUUUAGUUUAAAUUACACAUAUUUCAUUUUCUUUUGUCAAUAAAAUGCUCCAUCUUCCGUACUGAUCUCAUUUUCUGCGUGAAAUAGAUUCCAAACACACGUAAACCUAUAACCGGUUUAACUGCUAGUCGCAGAUGUAAAUUUACGAUGUUUUGUGAAAUUGUCUCCAGGUCUAUAAAGUAAUUCAAGGCUGAUUGCAGGUGUUGAAAUAACUACGAGGUCAUUGCUUAACUCUUUGAUGAGGCUUUAGGAAAUAUUCACAAUGCUGAUGAACCGUGAUCAUUUAAUUCUCAAAUAUGGUCAUCAGCGGGUUCCUGUGAAGUCUUAAGCCAAAGUUUCUUACUAUCUUAUCCAAGGACCAUUAUUAUAAUCCAUGAACUAUUGCUAGUCCAUGGAUCCGGUAACAUCUUCAGACCAUAUUUAGUGUCUUUUACUGGGGCCUAAUUCACUAAACUCUCUCAACUUUGCGAUCUCGCAUUGCAAUGCUAAAAGACUUACAAAGAGGAUGCUUUGUUGUCUAGCAGAGCCUAAGAGACCUUUGUGAAUGAGGCCCCUGGUCUGAAAGAUUAGACAGUAAGCACUACAAUGGCUGAUAUAAUAAAGGUCCAUAUCCGUUUAGAAAGACAGUCAGUCACAUGAUAAAGUGAUGUAAGAAACAUCUCUUGGGUAACUCCAAUGUUUCCGGUUGACUUAUGGCUAUGAUCAACAAGUUGUCUUUUCAAACUGGAAAUAAUUCUUCAGAUCCUUAUUUAAUGAUGUAUUUUGGGUUGUCUCCCUUAUUUCAUUUCAUUUUUAAAAGGUUUAAAGGAAACAAAAUUAAAAUGUAAAACAUCUGACUCAUUGUAAGCUGUAGAGAUACUUCAGUUUAGAUAUGAUGAGAAAUUAUCCACAAUAAAUAGAAAAUGUGAAAAGUGAUUUCAGUUUAAAUUAUGAUGAGAAAUUAUCCACACCUCAAAAAAAAGAUGAGAAAGAAAAAAAGUUACUAACAAGGAUUUUGAUAUUUCUAACAAGGAAAUGUAUCCCUUUUUGUUAUUUUAUCAUUUUAAAUAUAAAAAAAUUAGAUUUUAAUGAAUGAAUCUACUGUUUAUUAUUUAAACACAGGAAGAAAAUAUUUAAUUGAAAUAAAGUUAUUGAUAAGGUUUUUUCUCUCAAUUAUAUGAUUAAUUUUACUGAAUUAAUUUUCAACAGAUUGAAAAUAAAAUGAAUUAAUUUGCUAAAUACUGCAGAUCAGUCUGAAUUACGUUUCAGUUUGUGGACAAUUCAUCUGAUAGGAAAUGCAUGCCAAAUGUAGCAAGUACAUCAAAAAAACGUUUCCGAUUGUUUAAUAUUUCAUAUGUGGAAUAAUUUUCUUUUGUGCCAUCCGCAGAAGAUCGGAAUAACAACUUCUGCGACAGUUUUCAAACAUGCGAAUGUGUAUUAUGAUUUUGUAUGCUUUUUGAUAUUAACUCAAUGUGUAUGAUUCUUCUACGAUGUCUUGAAGUGCCGCAAACCUGAGCCGAGUGACAGACGAGUGUUAUUUCACGUUGUAUAUACUCAGUAUUGCACAUGUAACAUACACUGUGGGCGUCCGUGUAGCGAGUGGACCUUUUUCUUAUGUUUAUAUAGUCGACCAGGAUCAUUCAAACAGCUUUAUUUAUGGGUUCGUUGUAUUUUAAUGUGUAGUCAAAUGCUUUAAGUUGUACCAAUAUUAGAUGGUUAGUGCCCUUUCAUAAUAAUGAUAAACAAACCAAUUUUAAAUAUGUACGUGUAUGUGUAUGAAUUACAUUUAAAUGUUUAUAUAUGCAGUUAAUUAUGAUGUAUGUAUGUAUGUAUAUAUUAAUUACAUGAUAUUUAUUUAACAACAAUCAGAAGUUAUUCAUACUUUCAAUUACAUGUAUUCCUUACUUAACAAAUGUAUCUUGGGACCCAGUUAUUAAUAACAAGGUACACGGUAUAUAUACACAGAUACGUUUUAACGUAUCAGUGAUGUUCCACUUUAUAUACAUGUUUACAUAUACCACUAAAGUUAAGGUAGAUCUCUGUAAAAAAAUAUUUCAAUAAAAUAAUGUAUGCCUGAGUUUAAUUAAUUAACAUUUUGCAAAUUAAUUAUAUUCAAAUGAAAUUCUAACAGAAUUGUUUUCAGUGUUAAAUGUAUAAAAUAUGUAUUUAAAAUGCUUGCAUGUACCAUGUAUGUUCCUGUAACCCAUAAGCAUAUGAGAUGGGGGCAGGGAGGGCAACUGGCCCCCCUCCCCCAGUGCUGGAGCAAAACUUUAAAUUCGGGCAAAAAUUAUAGAGAUAUUUGGGUAAAAUGUGCUAACCUGAGACCUUUUACCAUGUAUUCCCAUAAUUCUACUCUCAAAAUUAGUUGUAAUACAUGCAAAAAUGCGUAGAGAUUCGUUUGCAAUCCCAUAUAGCUGUUUGGUAGUAAUGCUAAUAUGAUUAAAUGAUUUUUUUUCUUCAGAUUCAGGUAUUUUUGUUUAAUUUGGGCAAAACUAACCUGCCCCCCCCCUACAAAAACAGGAGCCAGUAUACAUAUGCUGUAACCCAUAACCCUAGUUACUUAACCUACCUUCAGGGUCGUAGCUAGCAGUUGGGAGGGGGGGGGGGGGCAAGGGGUACAAAUCAGGAAAAUAUACAAACUUAAAGAAAAUUCUCUUAACCGUUUAAGGAGUUUUAGACUGUUAACUACUCAGUGCCCCCCCCCCCCCCCCCCCAACAAAAAAUCCUAGCUAUGGCCCUGACGUUUGAGUUACUUGACCUACCUUUUGAUAACUUGACCCACUUAAUUAUAGUUACUUGACCCACCUAAUUAUAGUUUCUUGACCUACCUAAUUAUAGUUACUUGACCCACCUAAUUAUAGUUUCUUGACCUACCUAAUUAUAGUUACUUGACCCACCUAAUUAGUCGAGCUAAAGGUGUCUACCGGGUUUGCAGCAUUCAGAUCCGUUUAAUGCCCUUUUUUAGGUUAUACAUCAGGUAUAUUUGAAUUUAAUUGUACUAUUCCAAUUCAGAACUGUUUGUUUAAACUGUGUCCUGUCCUUUUUAGAACUGUACUUUGUUUUAGUGUACUCAUUUCAGUUUGGAGCAGUCACGUACUCGUUAAAUGUAUCUUGCUCCAAAUUAUAAUACCAUUGUAGUUUAAUUGUACCUUAUUUCAGUUUCCCUCUUUCAAUUACAGUUGCACCUUUCCAUUUUAAAGUACAACAAAUCACAAGUUGUUGUCUAUCAUUACAAUAUGCUCAUACAGAAUGAGUGUUCAAUGCCACACUCGGGGGAGAUCAACCUUUAAAAAAAUUACUAGUGCACCAGAAUAUUGACCAGGGCCCCGUUUCACGAAAGAAUCAUAGCUAAGGUUAAUUGUAAUGACUUGAGGUGAGUUUUACAACUGACACCAUAAA